GAACGUUCUGAGCGACGAGUCGAAUCUACUGAGAAAGAAUAAUCUGAUUCAGAAAGGAAAAAGUUACUAUUCUAGCUCAGUUUGUUGACGAUGUCGAGAACGAUGGCACAAGUUGCAAGUUCAGUAAUUUGCAUGGCUUCGGCUCAGCAGGCAGCAUCAACAUUGGGCAACAUAAAAUCUGCGAAGUUGGCACCGUAUUCGAGUCUUUCAGGAAGGGCUCGGAGAACAACUGUCAGUGUCAGUUCGCCCGCUCUCGUGCACUCGUGGCAGGGGCGUCAAAUUCGAGCGAAAAUCUCAGCCGAGAGAGGAGGAGAGGAGGAGGAGGAGGUGACAACAAAAGAAGAUAUCAUUUUAGAAGUGAAGCACGACCACGCGGAGUUGGAAGAGUGCUUUCAGAGGUACAAGAAAGCACACUCUAAGGGUCAAGACCACGAGGCCAGAAAUUUGUUCAACCAAUUCGUGUGGGAAAUUUCUCGUCACUCGGUGUCGGAGGAGCUCAUCCUCUAUCCCAUGAUGGAUCUACUAGGGGAUAGGGGCAAGGAGUUAGCCGACCAAUCCCGGGAAGAUCACCACCGAACCAAAGAGAUUCUGGCCGAGCUUCAGACCAUUUCCGAUCCAUCACUGUUCGAGAAAAGGCUAAACAUCAUGAUGGCAGAGUUGAGGGACCAUAUGAAGAUGGAGGAGGAGGAAGACUUAGCUUAUUUGGAGGCGAGAACCGAUCUCGCCACGCGAGUGACAGCAGGGAGGACUUUUUCUUCGGGGAAGAAGAUAGUGCCAACUCAUCCCCAUCCCGAGAUCCCAGACAAUUUCGUGGCAUUGGAAGUCGCUCUGCGACUACUGCGAAAUCUCUUCACUCUUUCCCCUUCGAAGGGCGAGUCUAAGUGACAGUAAAUCGUAUAUCGUGAUAGUCUAGUAAGUUUCUAGUCCAAAGGUUUGACCGUCAUCACAAGUAAGGGGAAUAUAGGUGAUGGUCAAUACGUUAGAUUCCCCAGCACAGAGACCAGAUUGCGUCCUCAUGGCGCCUGAAUCGAUUUGGUUCAGUCUUGUUCGGUAGAGGCUUACCGCCCUCUUUCCCGAUUGCUGUGGGCAAGGCCACACAGCUACGAUGGGGGCUAUCGAGGGUAAGGUCGGUCUUCUUCCCUUGUGCGUCCCAAUCAGAGGGUAAAAUGUCCUUGUACUUAUUACUGCCCUGGCCUCGGGAUCACAGUCCUCCGACAGCGUUCUAGUCUUUCGAGUCCUUCGAGUUCUGAGAUGUUGGAACUCGUCUGUUGCUUGAAAGAUGGCCAUCGGAGCCUUAGAUUGUCUAGAAUGACUUCACCCACCGGCCCCCGGGUAGAUCGAUGACGGCAUUAUCUGCCGGCGCUGUACGUGCUCGAGUGGUGGGUGUCGAGGCUCGAGGUCAUCCUCUUCUGUCUACAGAAUGGCAAAGUUGUGUACUAAAACUUGUAAUAACACAUUUUUCAAGGCGAUUGUGUCGU